CCGAGUACCUUUCCCAAGAUGAAGUCAGUCACCAGCUUUUUGGCAUUGUUUGCCGCAUUGGGUUGUGCCCUCGGGGACAAGCCACCCCCACCGAGGAGCAUGUCGACAAAGGAAUUCCGACAGGCGUUCUUGAAUGCUGGAAUCAUUCCAGAUGUCAUGGGUUCUUUCAAUCCCACGGUGUCUUUUUAUGCAGGCUACAAGUCCGGUGACGGCAACAAAACCCUCAUGAUGCCAGGUUCCAAGCUCCAAUUGAUGGAGACUAAGCUUCCGUUCGAAUUCAGCGUUGAAAAUAUAAUGAAUGCACAAAAUGUCACUCGGAAUACCCGAUACAUUCUUUGUAUGAUUGGGCCCGAUUCGCCAACACGCGAGGAACCAACCGAGCGGAACAUGAGGUACUAUCUCGCCGGUAACUUUACGGUGGAACAAACGAAAUCUGAGAUCCUCUCAUCGGCAUUGAUUAUGCGCAAUUCUACACCCGCUUUCAACGACUACAUGGCACCAGACCCCAAAUCAGGAAGCGGUAUGCACAGAUACGUGUACCUACUCUACGUUCAGCCCGAGAAGAUGAAUAAGAUGGGGUUCGACGCGAUGGGUGUCGAUAUGAAGGAACGCAAGAAAUUCAGCAUUUCCCAACUCCGAAAACAGGCCGGUUUGGGCCGGCCGAUCGGGGGCACUUUCUUCACAGUGGACAUGGCCAAGAACAGCGAUGGAGGUAACGGCGGCAAUAAUGGCGGAGGCAAUGGAAACGGAGGAAGCACUGCCUCUAUUGCAACUGUGGGCUCUAUCUUCAUGUUCAUCACGUUGCUGACCACCAUGUUUGUGUGGAUGUAAUGGGCUAGUAAACAAAAGCAACGUGUUUGUUGGCGAAUCUUGAAGCAGAACACAGGGGAUCGUGAUAUCAUCUAUCGUCAAGAACCGGAAACUUUGCUUUUAUAUGGCUUGGGGCACAUUAUCGGGAUACGGUUUGUUGGUUGUAUUCGAUUCUGAACUAAUUUCCAUUGAGGUGCGGGAACUAUUCUGAAUGAGAAUGUUAUUUUACCAAAUCACGUCAGGUAC